UGCACGACAUACUAUUCAAACACAGGUAUCGCACUGUAUAAUCGCUAUCUGCAUCCAAGUCUCUCAAGUUAUAAAAAGGAUGACAGUAAGUAUGUCGAACGUGGAUGACCAGACUCUGAGUGAGGUAAUCACUGUAUCCUCUCAGGAUGUGGCUGCUGACUUCACCUUCGAGGCUGUUCUACGUGAGAUGUCCGACACCAAAUCGUGCUUCCUGCGUGGAAGCAUGAAGGGUCAGCCGGCUAUCCUGGUGCUCGAGAAACCUCCCUUCAAAUGCGAUGUUAUCAGCAGCCAGGUUGCUUCGCUGUCGGACGUGUCGAUCGAGAUGCACAAUGACAUCUACAGCAAUUUGACGGGCCUGUCUGCCCCCGAAUUCAACCGGUUGUCAUUGAAGCUCAUCUGUCCGGCAACGGAGACCCAUUUCCGUAAAUAUGGCCCUCAGGACAUGGCUGUGGUUACGGAGACGCCCGAGUUGUACCAGAAGGUCACUCUGCCGUACAUCAAAGGCAUUCCCAGUUCUCGCAUUCAGUGGGUGUACAACAUCAUCGAAGGCACCAAGGAGGCUGACCGCGUCAUCCUUCGCGACGACGAUCCCACAGAUGGGUUUGUGCUGGUCAUGGACAUGAAAUGGGAUGGAAGUCAGCCGGAGAGUUGCUACUGCGUGGCCAUAGUGCAAAACCGUAACGUACGCUCUGUUCGCGAUCUGACUCGGAAUUUGCUACCAUUGCUGGAGAAUAUCCUGGACAAAGGUUCUAAAUGCCUGGCAGAGAAGUAUGGGAUCCCGCUGUCCAUGCAACGCGUGUUUAUCCACUACCAGCCAUCCUACUACCACUUCCAUGUUCACUUCACCCAUGUUAAGUAUCUCGCUCCUGGGACACACUGCGGCAAGGCACACCUACUUCAGGAUGUGAUUGCUAACAUCAAUCUCAUGGAUGACUACUACUCGAAGGCCUCGCUGACUAUGAUUAUGGGCACAAAUCAUCACCUCUACCAGCUACUUGCUGCACACAUGUGGAGUGUGGGUGAGUCUUGUUUCUAAUCAUGGGUAUCGGCCCUCACCUAUACCAACCAAUCGACAAGGGCUGUCAUUAUGCCUCCGAAUCGUGACAGCCCAGGGCUGUAAUUAUGCGAUAGUAUUGUGACAGUCCAGGGCUGUCAUUUCUACAAACUAGAAUGACAGCUUUUUGUCCUUUCUCCUAUCAUAGAGAUCCAAGGAACAUUUUCCAUCGUCUAUGUAUGAGGAAUCCCGCAGUCCGUCACAGUACUUCAUGGCGUACAUUCGAUGCUAGCGUACGUGUUACGGUGUGCUAUUGAAAGCUAGUACGGUAUCCAAUUCCCUGACGGUUUGUGCGGGAUCUCGAACAUCCGAAUAGCACACAUACCAAUGGAAAAGGCUCUUCUUCAUCAUCCGAAUACGCAGCACAUACCAAUGAAAAAGACUUGUCUCCAUCAUCCGAAUAUGUAGCAC